UCUAGCCACCACAGAAUUUCUCUCGGUGGCUUCCGGCCGAGUUUGGUCUGGCUCCAGUCCUAGGAUUCUCGGACGCGCGCUACACGUGGGCCAGAGCGUAGACUCCUCCAACCCUGCCGGCCACCGGUAUGUUUGAGGAGCCCGAAUGGGUCGAGGCGGCCCCAGCCAUCGUUGGCCUCCGGCCCGUGACAACACAGGUUCAGGCGGCGACUGCCCCGCCAGUCAAGUUCACAAUUCUAGGACAAGUACUGCUACACUUGACCCACCCAAGUCAAGCCGUGAGUCUGCAUCACCUAACUCCUCACACACCCUGAGCCGCAAGCAGUGGCGGAACCGGCAGAAAAAUAAGCGGAGACACAAGAACAAAUUUCGGCCACUUGAGACACAGGACCAGGUGCCUCUCAAGGCUUCCAUAGAGGAGACUGAGGUGCCUCCUGCUCCAAAGUCAGACAGUCAAGAGACUAGAGCUGGAGCCCUGCGAGCACGCAUGACACAACGCCUGGAUGGGGCCCGAUUUCGCUACCUUAAUGAACAGCUGUACUCAGGGCCCAGCAGUGCUGCCCAAUGCCUAUUCCAGGAAGACCCUGAGGCUUUUCUCCUUUAUCACCGUGGCUUUCAGAGACAAGUAAAGAAGUGGCCACUGCACCCCGUGGACCGCAUUGCCAAAGAUCUCCGUCAGAAGCCUGCAUCCUUAGUGGUAGCUGACUUUGGCUGUGGAGAUUGCCGCCUAGCUUCAAGUGUUCGGAACCCCGUGCACUGUUUUGAUUUGGCUGCUCUGGACCCCAGGGUCACUGUGUGUGACAUGGCCCAGGUACCUCUGGAGGAUGAGUCUGUGGAUGUGGCUGUGUUUUGCCUUUCACUAAUGGGAACCAACAUCAGGGACUUCCUUGAGGAGGCGAAUCGAGUGCUAAAGCCAGGGGGUCUUCUCAAAGUAGCGGAAGUCAGCAGCCGCUUUGAGGAUAUUCGGACCUUUUUGGGGGCUGUGACCAAACUUGGCUUUAAGGUCAUCUACAAGGACCUGACCAACAGCCACUUCUUCUUGUUUGACUUUGAAAAGACUGGACCUCCUCGAGUAGGACCCAAAGCCCAACUCUCAGGCCUUAAACUUCAGCCCUGUCUCUACAAGCACAGGUGACCAAUGGACACCGUUGAAAGGGAGAGAUCAGACUCCCAUCUCAGAACUCUGAAGACUGUAUCUACCCAGGCUCUGAGCCAGAAUCUGGUACCACCCUCUUUCUGUGCCAAGAACACUGUGGUAAAGGCUCCAGCUCAGCUCUAUUCUAAUGGAGCUUUCGUGGCUACAGAAAGCAUGAAAUUUCUUGGGCAGGUUCAAGAAUGAGGUGUUUAUUGUGAGGGCAUGGAUGUGUCUGGAAGUUUUAGGUCACUUCAGGUAUUGUGGAAACUAGUCAGCUGAGAGUUGAUGGAUCUCUGGAUUUCUUUUUAUCUCUCAGAAGGCAUGUGGACUCUCUGCUGUGUUAUCUUCUAAUCUGUGUUGUUCACCUCUGCUCAUCCAUAGUUUCUGCUCCUUCAGCUUCAAGACUGCAGACAGGAAGCUUUUGCCACAUGGCAGGUCCCAAUGCCAGUUUGCCACUUGGGGCUGGGAGUUAUUUAAUUUCUUUGUUUUUUGGAACUGGAAAUCAUUUAAUUUUUUACAUCAUCUCACACUAGUUCAGGCUGACCUCAAACAAAUGGCAAUCCUGCUUCAGCGUCCUGACUAUUGGGAUCACAGGCAUGAGCCACCAUAUUCAGCUUAAGAAAUCAUUUACUCUCUGAAUAUUCCAUUUCUCAUUUGAACAGUGUAAACGUCUCACAGUAUGUUGUGUGGGUUCACUGAGGAGAGCUAGAGUUGAGAAGAGUAAGGUGCGAAUGAACCAUCUGUGGCUACUGUAUAUCGUUGAUCUUACUGUUCUUUAAAGAUCACCUCUAAGCAGGUUUAGAGGUUGAAGAGUAAGUAAUUUAGAUGUGACGGAGAAAGAUUGGGAAAGUUUGAUAUAGGCAUGUAAACAGGCUUAUUUGCUAUUUAGAGACUUAGUCCAUUUGAAGCUUUCUUUGGAAGGGGGUAAUAAAGAAGCUGGAUCUCUGUUCAAUAACAAAACUGUGGGGCUGCUCACUGGCAAAGUCUGGCCAUGGUGCCUACCUUGACCAUGUCCAUGUCCUAGGAAAACUACAGGUACUAAAUAUACAACUUCUUGAAGUAGUGCUGAGGGAAGGUGAACUAGAUUGACAUGCUGAGCUCAUCCAGGAGGUAUCUACCUUGAAUCCAGGUAUAUAGGCUUGUUUACUAAUUCCUAAGAAUAAGACCUGGGAGUUCCCUCUAGGAAGAAAUAGGUCUCAGGAUUCUGAUCUAGUUAGCUGCCUCUAGUCCUGAAGGAAUAAUGAUUUUGAAAAAGGCAAGAAGGCAUGUUGGAGGCUGGACUGUGAGGCUAACCUUAGUCGACACUAUGCAAUGUUUGCAUGUGCUAUUGCUGCUGAACAUGCAUUUCACUACCUAAGUUUAGUCAUCUCCCCAGAUAGCUUAGCAGAUCCAUAAACGCCCUCCCCAGAAGCAUCUAUAUUCUCAAACUGCAAACGGUCUCUUAGCAUACAACUACUGUGUUGUGAGUGGUUUGUAUGUUUCACUGCAGACUUCUCAAGCCAUAUUUCUUUUUCUAUUUCCAGGGUUUGUUGACUUUUCACUUGUGUGUGUGGUGAGGGGUGUAAAGGAGUAACAGUUAACUAAAAUGGAUAGGAGUGUUGCAAAAGCCAGGUCUGGGCUUAUCCUAAGGGUGCUGUGAGCUAGUGCUGGAAAAGGGGUGUCAGCAGGAGAGCCUCAAGACAGACGUGGUGGAAUGCAGAGUAUUGGAAGCUGCAGUAAACGGGCGUGCUGAUGUGGCCAUUCUAAAUGUGGCCAAGAGUACUGCUAUGCAAGCAUGAAGACCUGAGUUCAAAGCCUUAGCAUUCAUAUAAAAGUGCGUGUCCAAAGCUGAAGAGGGUUGGAAUUUUGACAGAUAGAAACAGAAUACUGGGCUUGUAGGCCAGCCAACUUACCUGAACAAUCAAUGGUGAGUCCCAGAUCUAGUAAGAACUUGUCUCCAAACAAUAAGACAAAAUGAUAGAGCAGGGAACUUGAUGUUUUCCUGUAGCUUCUACACCUACACGUGCAUAUGCAUACACACACACCAUCAACUCUCACAGCAUACCCAGCUUAAAGGACAGGAGGCAUAUAUGGCCAGUACAGGUUGAAGGAGGGAGAAGAGUACUAAGGGUGAGGGGUAAUGGGAGGGAUUAACUGAAAGACAGUGGCUUUCAAACUUUAGGGGGUCUAGAAUCACCUAUGAGGUUCAUUAAAAUGCUGCAUUCUGAGCCUUCUUGCAUUUUCUGGUUCUCUAGAUCUGAGUAGGAUCCUAGGAGUUUUUUCUGAUGGCUUUGAGUUUUAUUCUUGGAGGAAGACACAAAACUUUAUUCAUUGAGAGUAAAAGUGGAGAGAGGAUUGGGAUUUUAAGGAGAGGAAAAUGAAGAUCACUUUGAGACUAGAAGAGAAUGAAUGAUAGCUGGGUGUGAUGGCGCACACCUCUGAUCCCAUCACUCAGGAGGUAGAGGCAGGUGGAGCUCUGUGAGGUUGAGGCCAGCAUGAACUGCAUAGUCCCAGGCCAGCUAGGGAGUAAAGUUAGACCCUGAACUAAGGAAAUACCAUAGAAGUGCUGGUAGUGUUAACACAGGAGAGAUGGAGCAUGAUUCAGUGUUAUAUCAGAAGCUUGUUCCUUCCCCUUACUACUGGUCUAUUAGAAUGGAGCCCGUUUGUAGGAAAGGGGAAAGAGGUUUCUAAUCAUAGUUCUAACUAAGGUCUACUGGGAAGACCAUUUGGGAAGCAUGAGACAUUUAUUGGUACCACUAAAGAAUAAUGAGCCUAAAGUUCUUCUACUACCCUGGAAAAGUACAGGGCCAGGAAAACCUCACUGAUUGUUUGCAUGGUGUGGCAGUGCAGUGCUGCUGCUUAAGCACUGGCUUGUGUUUCCAGAAUGCAGGACAAUAGCACAUGAAUAGCAUUUGAGUGUCUUCUGUGCAUCUUGUGUGAAGUGUAGGGUAGGCUUGGGUCCUGUCCUGCAGAGCCACUUUGAAGAGAUAACAAGACUUUAUAGCAAGCGUCAAGGAAUCAACCAUUUGGGCUGAUGGAACAGUUUCAGGAGACCACCCAGAAUCCUGUAGUAUUCAUCGGAGACCAAUGGGCUUUCCCUUUUGAAUGUCCUCUAGGCCUGUUGGUCACAGAAUCAGCCGGUCAAACCAGACUUAUGUUCCUUUGCCUCUUCUUGUUAGCACUUGUGUGUGGAAUAAUCAGCAAGGAGGUAGAAACAAGGUCCAGAAAGCAGAGAGCUCUCCUCCAUUUCCCCAAAGCAGGCAGGCUCCUUAGGUGAGGCAAAGCUAGGAGGGGAAAGAUUUCAAGCCAGCACAGGGUCAGUUCUUUAUUGUUAUUCAGAAUUAGACAUUCUCCUCGAGACUAUUUGUGUCUUGAGUUGAUUACAUAACUGUAGUUAACUAAGAAUAUCAGUGAGCCUGAACAGAUAUGUCUGAUCAGGAGCAGUGACUGCUCUUACAAAGGACACAGGUUCAAUUUCCAUCACCCACAAGGUGGCUCAUAACCAUCUAGUCCUUGGGGUACCCAUGCCAACUUGGACUUCUGGGCAUAGCAGGCAUGCAUGUGGUCCACAGACAUUCAUGCAGGCAAAACUCAUAAAACAAAGUUAAACAAAAAUCCUCACAGACUUGCUUCAACCUUUCUCCAUGUCAGAGAAAGAAUAGCCCUCUUUAAGAGCUGUAGGAGACAAGACUGAAGUUAGGUAUGGGUAUGAAUCCAGAUCUGGUACACAUUCAGUAUCCCUUCAGAGCUCUUGGAACAGAGUAUUCUAAUGCAAUUAUUCGUGUGCUGCUGAUUUUGUUCCUGUAACAUAGUCCUAAGAGAGAACACAGUUCCAAAAGAAACAGUGUGAUCUUGGCAGAGGCAGCUCAGCUCCAAGCAUUCACCAGUUACGUAAUUGCACAAGCCCUGUGCAGCUUUUCACAGAGACUAGCAAUUGGAGCCUUUCAUUUCCAGGUCAUCCUCCUUCCCAGGUGAGUUUUCUAACUAGCCACCUGGUUCCAGGACCUUUGGUUACCACAGUAACUGCUAUGGGGAUCUACUUGCCUUUGCUCCCCACGCAAUUCAUUUUCCUUACUGCCAAGUGAUCUUUAUGAAAUGUAAAUCAGAUUGUGCCACCUCUUUGCGUAAAAUCCUUCAAUGGAUUCUCAUUGCUUGAGGAGAACAAAAGACAGACUCCUUCCCAGGCUCUGUGUGAUCUUACCCAGUCAUUGUUCUGCUGGCCAACUGCAACUUAACUUCCUCUUCUCCAUCCUCCUGAGCUCGCUAUUUAUUUGGAAUGCACUCCAAACUCUCUUUACUUCUAAACAUGCCCCUCCAACUUUGUACAAUAUUUCUUUCUGGGGAAGAAAUUCCCCCAGUGCCCUCUUUCUGAACUUAACAGUUAAACUAUAUUUUUCAAGCCUGUGUGUUAGGCAGCCCAUGUAUCUAAUGGAUAGUCUGGGUGACUUUUCAGACCAGACAAAGAAAGUGAAAGGUAGAUCAGCUCUUUCCACUUUCUCUCAGGCUCAAAGAACAGGCUUUGAAAGUGAUGAAGUCAUAGUAUAUAGAAGUUUGGCUAAUUUAGGAGAGAAUUGGACUCUGAAACAGAAUUAAAACUCUUAAAUAGCGAAUGUAAGCAUGUUACAGCAAUUAUCAUUAUGCAUCCUGGACAUGUCUUCCUGUCCACCUUACCACAAAACCCUCUUUCCUUUAGGGAUACUUCAACGUUUGUCUUAGCAGAUGCCACUCUGCAUUUUCUAAUCAACCUACUUUAAAGAUUUAUUUUUAAAUUCCAUGUCUGGGGCCUGUUUGUUAUACAUGUGCAAGUGCAGUGGCCAAGGCCACAGACAUAAGAGUUUUUGGGAGCUGCCUGAUAAAGGGUGGUGAAAACUAAACUUGGACCUUCUGCAAGACAAGAACUCACUCUUAACAACUGAGCUAUCUUUGUAACCCAUUAUCCUACUUUUUUUUUUUAAAGAGUUAUUUAUUUAUUCUAUGUAUGCGAGUGCACUGUCGCUGUCCUCAGACACACCACAAGAGGGCAUCUGAUCUCAUUACAGAUGGUUGUGAGCCACCAUGUGGUUGCUGGGAUUUGAACUCAGGACCUCUGGAAGAGCAGUCAGUGCCCUUAACCGCUGAGCCAUCUCUCCAGCCCCCAUUAUCCUACUUUUAAAUGAAAUGCUCACAAUCAGAAAAGAAAUAUUGAAAUGCUCACAAUCAAAAAAUAUUUUUAUCAAUUAUUUGUGACUAAAAGAAGAUCCCAUUAAGUGUUUUAAACAUUUUAUUUUAAUUUUUUUCUAAUAUAACAAGGGAUUUGAAGGUUGGUGACUUUGCUUUCGGUUCAGGAGCUCAAGAGUGUUAAGAGUCAGAGCUUUAUGAUUUUGUGAUUCUCUGAGUCACAAGAUACAGGCUUAACUAAGCAUAGACACCUUGCUUUUUAGGCUUCUUGGAAGUCUCUCCAGUUGCCACAGCCUUUUCUUCCUUUUUGGUUUCACUUCAAGGAUCUGUUCUCUUGUUAGUACUCUGGUACAAAUAUGUUCUCUGUGAUAACUGAAUCCAAUCUAGAAAAUUGAUCCUUUAAAUACAUUUUCCCUCUCUGUUACCUCCCACAUUUCAGGACCUUGUCAGUAGCUGUUAGGUCUCAAACUUCUCUUCAGUUCAGUGGAUCAGGGAAUAUGAUCUCUUACUCCUUCCUUACCUCUUCUGUUUGGGUAUUGGAAUAGAGAAAGGAAUAUUGGAGAAAAUUAAACUUAGCCAAUUAAUGCGUCAUUGAUAUGUUCAACCAAGACAAACUUUUGAAUGUAGGCUUUUGUGGGUAUUGUUGAGGUCCUGGAGCUUCCCAUGGUGACGGGCAUUAGCUGACUUUUAUAGAUUGCUAUGAUACAUGAGACAACCGCCCCUCACAUUUGUAGCUCUUAACCCAAAUGGUAGAUGCUGGUUAGUUUCUGUCACCUGGGAGGAGACCAUCUCAGCUGAGAAAAUGCCUCCAUCACAUGGGCCAGUAGGCAUGUCUAUGUGGCAUUGCCACUCAUAGGCAGGCGGGUCUGGGCCAUGUAGGGAAAAUAAUUGAAUAAACCAGGGAAAGCGAACAAGAUAAGCCACAUUCCAUCCUCUCAGUACCUGCCUCCUGCUCCUGUCCUGGCUUUCCUUGAUGAUGGACUCAACCUGUGAGAUGUAAUGAACCCUUUCCUCCCUGAGUUGGCUUUCUCAGUGUUUUACCAGAGCUAUAAGCAGAACACAGGGUAUCUACUGCCACCUAGUGCUGAAGAGCCUUACCUAGCAAGAAGCCCUCCAAGGAAGGUCCCAACAUACCCUCAGGGCUGGUUAUCUUUCAAGGAGCCCGAGGGAAAGCCAUGCACAUUUAUCCUGCCAACUGGGAGCACAGGCUAGCAGCAGUAACAGUUCUUCCUUUGUGCUGUUGAGAAGUACCCGUCCAUAUGGUUCUGAAGCACUUCCCCAUGUUCCCUUCAUUGCAUUUAUGUAUGUCCCUAGCCUCAUAAAUAUCUUUGGCACACUACAUGGAGGUUUGGGUAUGUGCUAUGGUGGUGAAUUAACAGUGUUCUUCACGUUCAUUUUCUUUCUGGCAAAACCAACUGUACUAUAUGCCUAUAUCCCCAUAGAGUUGUGUGCCAACUGAUCGUAUAGACAGUUGGUUAAUAGUGAAACUACUGCUUCCAAACUCCAAUCUAACACAGUUCCCUUGUGUUAUUACCACAUUGCCCAAUGUGAUGCAUUUAGCAGCGAUGACUAAAUCUAGACCAUCACCAAAACUAGAGUCCCCAUGAAUAGGGACGCCUGGACUAGGUUUCACCUCAGUAAAAAGUGUAUUGCUGUUUUGUGGUGGGGCACUAGUAAUCUCUUGAAAGUACUUUUAAUUGAAGGGAACAAAGCACUGAUAAAGAAAAAUAUUUAACUGUGGAAACCACACAGAUUAAGCAGCAGAAGGCUGUUCUCACCUAAGGCCUCCUCCCCACACACAUCCUAACUUCUCAAACACAAGCAACUUUUUUCUCUUGAUCCACAAAAUUCCCACCACCUUAACUCAGUGUGAUUUCCUUGGUCUUCUACAUAGUCUACCAUGUAAGCUUCCACAUUUAGCCUUUCCAUGUGUCCAGUUGUUUGCACUCAUCCCUUACCAUUCAUCCAUGUUACUAAGUGCAACUCUUUGUUUUUAUUACUAUGAAUAAACUGCAGUUUAUUGAUUGCUUAAACUAUUAGCAUACAUAUAUCAGUUGGAGUGCCUAGGUCCACUCCACUUCUUACAAGAAAUAAAAGCCCAAAAUAUUAAUGAUUUAAGCCAAU